AUGGAGCUUGUCGAGCUACUCGUGGAGGCGGACGAGGAGGAAAAUAAAUCAUUUGGCCGGGCCACCCCGCACGACGAGGUCGGUCUACCGUUAUCAAAAUUUGGAAGGAAGCAGUUUAACCUCAUGUUCGAAAUGAAUUUGUGUGGGAAAAAGUGUGCCGAGCCAGCUGCUGAAAGCAUAUUUGCGAACUUCUCCCUCCUACUGACAGAGGACCCGGUGGAGGAACCCGACGUGGUCGACCUCGGCACCGUGUACCAGGAAGAUAGAACCAAGUUCCCUUCGAUAACUGGCAGCGAGGACGAGAAUGAUGAAGACAUAGACUGGGAUGACCACGUGCAUUUCCCUGCCGGGGAGAAGGAAAUCGACAUCUCGAAGAACCUCCGGGACAUCAUCCACCUGGAGAUCACACUGGACGCCUUCUGCAGCAGCACCUGCAAGGGCCUGUGCCUUGUCUGCGGUGCGAACCUCAACACGAGCAGCUGCAGCUGCGGCGCCGAGGAGUCGUCGCAAACCAACGACGCCAGGCAGCCAGGAACUCUCAAAGACCUGCUGAAGCCUAUGCAGAGAAGAUGA